UCCUAAAUUGCUUAGCUUCUGUCUUGGUACUCCUGCCUGUUUUUCCAAACUGGGGCUCUCCCGACCUCCAUCUACUGUAGGUACACUAUAGUGCUCCAAGAUCUGGUUAAGAACCGGCUACUGCAACCAUUUAAAUUUUUUUCAUUCGUUAUAGAACAUCAGACAAGCAGGUGUUUAUACCCCUGACCUCCAAACACGUAAAAUGUACACGUAAUGUGUAAUUUCCCUGAAUGUCACAUUGCUUCUCACAUUGGCCCCUAUUGUUAAUGCUAAUGCAGAUUUAUCAAGAACAUAGUUCAUAGGAGGCAGUGGUUUGGGGACAUUAUGUGGAAGAGCAGAGUGGCAUUUCCCCGUAAUUAUUGAGAUGCUUCAAAGUGCAUUACCACACUUUUACCGUGACAACAGAAAAAACUGAUUGGCUGCCAGGUGAAAAUAUUAAACUGGGGGCUAGAGCUGGUCCGUUAAAUCAUCCAGUAUAUUGGCAUUUGAUUGACUUAUCAGUAUCUGUGUAGACAGCAGCUGGUAAAUAACAAGAAAUUGCAGAACAGAAACAUCAAAGAUCUGUUUGAGGUAAUUUAGCAACCGUGUCAUUAUUGCUCACUUUUUUCUCAUCAUAACAGCUGUUGCUACCUGUAGCUAAGCAGCACAGCAGGGGGUUAUGAUUAGUUGGUUCAAAUAUAUAUUUAUUAUUGAUUUAUAGCUGUAAAAACAACAGCGAGGAAAAUAUAAAGUCUUUAGAAGAAGAGAGUUAAAAUGUGAUCUGUUACUAUUGGAGAGCCUCCCUGAUGGUUCUAUCUAUAUUUGCUGUUAAUUUUCCCAAGCCUGUGCACAUGUGUAUCUCUCCCUCUGCAGCGGAUGAAUGCUGCCUCUUGGAAAGCAGACAUCCCCCCUGAGUGGCACGGGAGGUAGCAGAGCAGUGGCAUAGCGCAGACGGAUUAUGCUCUCGCGCAAAUCCGCUGUCAUUUCAAAACUCUCAGUUACAAGAGAUUCUCUAAUGAGAAGCCCUCUGCUACUCGCUGCCUAUCUUCCUCUUCACUCCAUUCUCUCGUUUUCACUUCUUUUAUCCGUCUCUCUCUCCCGUCUCUCCCCGUUAAAUGGAUGUUUUUUGCUGUCAAGGCCUUUUUCUGUCUGUGUGAGAGCAAGUGAGAGAUUCUGUUUGAAGUCAACAUGUAGAGAAAAAGGCCUCGUAUGUUGCAAAAAGGCCUCGAGUGUUGAAGGCACUGGAGUCUCUCCAGCACUACAACCACCUUGGUUUUUUAUUCCACGUCGUGUCCAAUUACAGAGAUGUGUUUCUAAACCAGGCAGACAGAGUUCAUCUGGUAAAGCGAGGCCUUUUGUUUUGAAACAGAACCGUCAGCGCACAAUGAAAAGGAUGAUGAGAUGUUGGAUCAAACAGUAGAGCUGUAGGCUAGUCAAGACCAAGACAAGAACCAAUCAGGUUUUAUUUGAGAGCAAUAAAACCAACUGCCACUAGCGAAAUAUCUCAUGUCGCUUUGCUUGACAGGGCAGGAAAUCAGUCUCAUUUCUGCUUUAAUUCGUUCUGAUCAAACAUGUCGCUCCCAAUCAGCCCCAUUUGAUUAGGAGAUGCCCGUAUCACAGCCCACCAAGCAGAGAUAUGGGGUGUAGGCUUCCUAAGUUGCAGAAGGCAGAGGAAAGGCGAAGCCCAGGCAACAUCUACUCCACCCUUCGAAGGCCUCAGGUGGAGACCAAAGUGGGCGUGGCGUACACCUACCACUUCCUGGAUUUCCUUCUGGGGAAAGAAGAGGUGCCGGUGUCAUCGGUGCUUUGUCUCUCUUCAGUCAGAGAGCUACCAGUUCAGGUCAGGGAACUCUACGCACAGGGUUUUGUCCUUGUUGCCGUCCACCCGUUUGUCCAUCCCUGUGGCCCUCGUCACGCACACAUCCAGCGCCAGCUGCACCGGGCCGUGCUGGUCCGAGAGACGCCAAGUUCAGAGAAAAGCCAACUGAGAUGGGCAAGACAUCGUCUGGAGACAGAUGUGUGCAUGGCGGGUCAUCAGGUUGCUGACCCAGAAGUGAUCCAGAGCUAUGUCAAGAGAAUCCAGGAUGUAGCAGAGCAAGGGGUGAUGUUUGUGGGCUUUCUCCAGCAGCCUGGUGGAGGACCCUGCUACCUGGGGCACUGGGACCCUGAAGAGCUGUCGUCCUUGCAUUCAAGCCCAUCACCCAUACAUCGACACCCCUUCAGCGCCAACACCAGCCCAACAGAUCCCACAGAACCACAUCAAAAUGACACAGAGCCGGACCAUCACCACUAUGAAGAUUUAGAGCAUGAAGAACAUAACACACAGAACCACACGCCAAAAGAACCAGAGUUCAUUGCUCUGAAACCCGUUCAGAGUUCAGAGCUUAACCAAGUCGAGUCUAAAGAGCAAACCCAGACCUUACAGAUCAGCCUCAAAGAGUCACUAGAAUGCACAAACCAACCUCAACCAAGUGUAAACACAGUUCAGUGGUGUUCAGGUGCCGCAGGGAACCAGCUGUGUCCCGGGUCUCCAGAAGAUGCAGGUAUAAUGAGACAUCAGAGAGAAAGGCAAAGUUCAAGCUCCAGCAGUUGGCCCAGCUCUCCAGAACUGGAUCGAAGCCAUGACAGAGAGUCCAGGUCUACCUGCACAAAUGGGCAAAGCAGAAUGAAGACACACAACAACAACCAUAUCCGGCUCAAGAGUUCUGAGAAAGAUAAAGAUGCAACUCCACCACCAGCGCAGGGUAGGAUGCAGCUCUUUGCCUUGUACAACCACACAGAGGAGAUCAACACUUCUCUGAGGUUUUACUCACUCAGGGUGCCACUGCAAGUACAAAAGGAAGCAGGGCAGAUCACAGAAGUCGACACACACUGGCUCGACCACAUGACUCAGCAUUUCACCAGCGGCGCACACCUCAUUGACGGGUUUUUCCACCUUGGAGAUGAUAACGACAAUGGGGUUUCAUGUGUGGACAGCGUGUUCAUCUUCCAGAGCUCUGCAGAGGAGACCACAAACACGUCCUACGAUGCUAUCGUGGUUGAACAGUGGACUGUUGUUGAUGGAGUUGUGGUGAAGACAGACUACAUCCCCUUGCUCCAGUCUCUGGCUCCAUAUGGAUGGAGGCUGAUGUGUGUGUUACCUACACCAAUUGUCAAGACCAACAGUGACGGGAGUUUGUCGACCAAGCAAAUCCUCUUCCUUCAGAGACCCGUUUUGCAGCGCAAGAGAAAAGACUUCAAGAUGCUGAACCUCAGGGGUCGCAGCAAGGCAAAGAAAAAAUCUACCGGAGAAACGGAAGAGGAGAGGGAGAACAUGUCCCCUCUGAUGGAGACGGAGAUGGACAGGUUGAGGAGAAACACAGAAGAGGAGGAUGAAGAGGCAGAGGGGAGGAAGAGCAGGGACAGCGGAAGGAGCGAGGGAGGUGGACCGGAGAGGGGAGAGGAGGCGCGGCAUCAAAGGGGCUUCUCGUUCCUAUCGGGGAGCAGGGCUUCUGUCGAGGAGCAGGAAGAGGAAACCGACAUUGACGAGAUCCCGCUGUCGGAGCAGGAGCAGUCAGUGAGAUGGACAGAUGUGUGUCAGAGAGAUGACGGAGGGGUCAAGGAGGAGGUGAGGACGGAGGAGCGGAUCAAACAGCAGCUGUUUUCCGGCGUCUGUUGACACAUUGGGCACAAAGCAGGCGAGCUGAGGCCUGUUUAGUUUGUCAAAAAAUGCCUUUAAAAUCAUGUUGAUCUGGAUUUUUUAGCUCCUCUGACAACCCGGAUGUAGUCAGUCAUACUGUUACUAGUCAUCAUGUACUGUUACCUUUGUUUCAGUCUGCUCUGUUUAGAGCGUUAACACUGUUGAGGUCGUAGCUCCCACAUAUGGGAAAGUGUUGUGCAGUUCUCUGCUGUGGGUCAGUGUUGCUAUUUGAUGUAUCCUUAUAUGGGAUGAAACUGUGCAAGGCCAAUAGAGUACAACCUACAGCACGUCUCCAGUUCAAGCCUUAAGUGUUAUUUUCUUGCCCAUUGUUGUAUUUUACUACUUUCUUGUAAUAGGUCUAUUAAAAGGGAGUACUGAUUUCACUGAGCUCACUGUAUUUUUAUAUGUAAAGUAUAUAAUUUAAAAUAGAAACAUGAGGGGAAAAAGUUGUACGUAGUUGAACGCAUUAGAGCCUGACCCAUACAUCUGCAUGGGCCAAUUUUUCAUCAGUUUAUUUUUAAAUUGUAAAAUAUUUCACUCAAUGCUGUAUCUGGGUCACAACUUACAUUCAGAGCAAUUCAUUCUGAGCCGGGAUUGGCCACACGCAGCUCUCUUCAGGAUGUCAUCACUCCACUUUAUCUUUACAUAGUAAAUAUUUGUUUACUGCCAUAAGUGUUUAUAUAAGGGAUACUCAUCAAAAAUAUUUGUUAGAAAAAUUAAUAUCUGGCUGAUUUUUUAAAAUUCUGUUAGUAUCGGCCAGGCUCUACACGACACUGAGAUAUUAGAUGGCCUUAACUUUAAAGGGUCAGUUCAUGUAAAUUACAAAAAAGAAUUAUGUCACUUAGCUCUAGUUGACUCUAGAUAGUUUUGUUUCUGUUUGGCCAGGCUUUGAGAUAUCCAUCUUUUUUCAUUUCAGUACUAUGGAGUUGAAAGGAAUUUUGUCUAUGGCGCUCAUUGCAUACAUAAAAUUAAAUUUAGGAGACGGAUAUCUCAAUUCAAAAAAGGUCUACUUGGUUAGAUAAUAGGUGAGGAAAAUAGCCUUUUGUAAUUUGGGAGAAAAGACCGUUAAAAGGGUUCUUCUUUGAAAAAUGUUUGAAUUAGAAAUCAACUAUUUGACUUAUUUCCUGGACCAACUGUGUCGUGUCUAAGUAGUGUGAGAUGUGAGUCUUCAUAUAAAAGCAGAGGUCAAUAAAGUGUUAAAAAACA